ACACUUUUACACGAAAAAAUUUACUACCGCGUUUCUCUCUCUCUCUCUCUCUCCUCUUGACGGCGUUUACCAGUCUCCCCCCAGUCUCACCACACCUCUCUCUCUAUUUCUCUCCUCAACCACUUCUCGCCUCGUCUCCCAAAUCCGCAAAAAACAGCAGAAACAGAAUCUAGAGAGAGAGAGAGAGAGAAGAAGAAGAAGCUUCCCCAACCCAUCUUUGCUCGAAUUUUCUCCAAAAAACCUUCCCAGCUCAGCUACAAAGCCGACAGAUAGGAAAACAAACCUAGAUUUCCUCAGCCUUACAUGGAUCAAGCUCCCAAUGCAUCGCAUACCUCGAUUCUUCAGUCAUAGCGACAAGAAAAAGAACCACCGCAACGCCGCCGCCGCCGCCCCCGGCCCCAUGGACCCCUCCACCCCGAAACGGCGAGGCACCCCGAAGCUCGACCGUCGACUGGCCAAGAAGAACAUCGACUACGAGCCCUCCACCUCCUCCUCGUCCGACGCGGCGUCGCCGCCGUCGUCUCUCCGCACCCGGUCGCUCGACAUCUCUCCCCUGGGAAACAGGACCAGCUUCAGAAUCCAGGGCAUCGACGGAGAGUUCGACGCGAUUUGCCGCAGCCUGGGGCUCUCCGGACCGGACGAUUUCUCGAUACCGGCCGCCGCGUGGGAGGCACGCAAGUCCCGGUCGUCGCUGGAUCUGCCGCCGCGGUCGCGGUUGCAUCAGAUUGAAAGCCCUACCGGAGUUGAUGAUAAGGUAAAGGACUGUAGUAGUGGUGGUGAUGUUUGUGUGUUGUCGGAUAGGUUAGUUGACGCCGUUAGGGUUAGUAAUGUUUGUGAAUUGUCAGCUGAUAGGUUAAUUGACACUUUUAGGGUUGGUAAUGCUAGUCACAAGCAGAGUAAUACUACUCCUGCAUCACCUGAUUUUGCAAUUACUGUUGAGACUUCACGGUGCGUUGGUGGGGGCAGCGGCGGAGGGGGAGGGAUUAAGGGCGUUCGGCCGCCGGCCGUUCUUGCUCCUCCGCCGUCAAUUUUGCGACCGGUGGUUGACUACACGUCUUCGACGUGGGAUAUUUUGAAUUCUUUUGCUCCUCCGGUUGGUGUUGUUGAUAGGGGUUUGUCUUCUUCAAGAGGUUUCUCUGAUGAUGAUGAAGAGGAAGUGGAAGUGGAAGAAGAAGAAGAGGAGGAGGAGGUUGUGAAGGCAGGGGAGGGGUUAGAUGGGGCUAGGGUGGGAGAGACUGCUCGUCUUUCUGCGUCGUGUUCGUUUACCACGACUUCGAAUGAUGAUGAUUGUUCGAGUAGUACUACAGAGCCCACGUCAAAUAUAUCGCCGAACGAGAGAUUUAGACGCAUAAUCUCACACUGGGAGAAGGGUGAGCUUCUGGGUCGUGGGUCGUUUGGAUCGGUAUACGAAGGCAUCGCUGAUGGUGGUUUCUUUAUCGCUGUGAAGGAAGUUUCUUUGCUUGAUCAAGGAGCCCAAGCAAGGCAAAGCAUUUUCCAACUGGAACAGGAGAUUGCUCUUCUUAGUCAGUUCCAACAUGAGAACAUAGUUCAAUAUUAUGGCACAGAUAAGGAUGAAUCAAAUCUCUACAUCUUUCUUGAGCUGGUAACCAAAGGUUCCCUUUUAAACCUCUACCAGAAGUAUAAUCUUCAAGAGUCCACUGUCUCCUCCUACACAAGGCAGAUCUUGCAUGGUUUGAAGUAUCUUCAUGAGCGAAAUGUGGUACACAGGGAUAUCAAAUGUGCUAAUAUAUUGGUGGAUACAAAUGGAUCCGUUAAACUUGCAGAUUUUGGUUUGGCAAAGGUGACUAAAUUGAAUGAUGUCAAAUCUUGCAAGGGAACUCCAUUCUGGAUGGCACCUGAGGUUGUUAAAAGGAAUAACCAAGGGUAUGGGCUUGCAGCAGAUAUAUGGAGCCUUGGGUGCACUGUCUUAGAGAUGUUGACUCGUCAGAUUCCGUACUCGGAUUUAGAAAGUAUGCAGGCAUUGUUCAGGAUUGGAAGGGGUGUGCCGCCGCUUGUUCCUGAUUCUCUAUCUGCUGAUGCGCGAGAUUUCAUCCUCCAGUGCUUACAAGUUAACCCAAGUGCACGUCCCACGGCUCCUCAGCUCUUGGACCAUCCAUAUGUUAAGAGGUCGCUUUCCUUCUCCUCAGGCUCAUCAUCUCCAUACAAUUUUGGCCGUCGGAUUUAAAAACUGCCGUCAGCUUUGGAUAGUUGAAGAUAAAGAGCUCCAUCCAUCAGGACGCGUUUGUAACAGAGAAGCAACAGAUCGCGAGACUGAAGAUCGUAAUCGUUUGGUUUUCGCCUGGAUUAUACCAGAUGUCUUGCAUGUUGAAACUUGUAGAGGCUUAAUGCAGCAUUUGGAGUUCGUCAAGGAAUAUGAACUCCGUGAGUUUGUCUGUACCUCAAUUUUCAAUCUGUUUGGAGUUUUGGCUUUCGGGUUACCAUUGUUGUUUUGUUACAUGAUGCGGAAAUUGAUCUAUUGACAAUGACAAAAUAGGCAGAAUAUUGUCAUUAUUUCCCCAUUUCCCUCAAUGGGUUAAAGUUAUUCGGGAAGUUAAAACCGUGCAUGAACCGUGUUUGUAAAGAUCAGAAUCAGAGGUCACUUGUACAUAGAUGUCCUCUUCUAAACAAAUGUGGGACUUGAUUGAUACGCUUAUUGCGUUUUAUUCUAAUGAAAUUUCGGGUGUGUUUCAUUUUCA